UGUUUUUAGCGUUACCGAAGAUCUUUGGACAUGCCGAGCUACAAAUUGACUUACUUUAACAGCCGCGGACGUGGAGAAAUCAUUCGCUACUUGUUCGCUUUAAGUGAUACUCCAUAUGAAGAUCUUCGCUUGAGUUCUGAAGAAUGGGCAAAGCAGAAAGCCGGUUCUAAAGCUCCCUUUGGACAACUGCCGAUUCUAGAAGUUGAUGGCAAAGUGUUAUGCCAAAGUAAUGCGAUUGUCGCCUAUCUUGCCAAAGAAUUCGGUUUUGCCGGUAAAACCAGUAAUGAUGUGUAUAAGAUCUAUCUCGUUGAGGGAGCUGUUUCUGACUUGAUAACCAAGCUCGUUGCAGCUCACUUUGAAGCAGAUGAAGCCAUAAAGGCCGAUAAGCAGAAGGAGCUGACUGAAAAAUUUAUACCGACAUGGUUGGUUGCUGUUGAAAAAGUAUUUCAGGAAGGUGGUACUAGUUAUUUUGCUGGCGACUCAUUAACCGUUGGCGAUUUAUACUUCUUCUUUGCUGCUGAGUACCUUAAAGGAGCUAAAGAAGAUGUCUUACAGAGUUUCCCUGGUUUGAAUGGGUUGUUUGAUCGUAUUGCCAAUAAUCCCAAAAUUAAGGAAUGGAGAGAAAAGCGUCCUAAAACUGAAUUCUAAAUACGUAGCGGUGUAGUUGCAGUAUUUCUCUGGAGAAUUGAUGUUUUCAUGCAAUAUUUCCUAGUUAUGCUUUGAUCGAUCUCCACUGCUGGUACUUUAUUAGUACCCUGGAUAUACGCUUGCUAUUUAAAUUGGAUUCAACAUAUCUUUUGCGUGUUAGCAAUGCCUCAAUAUCUUAGGGAAGUUAUGCUAAUAAAGUCACCUGUAUGAAGG